GGCUAAACAAUAGAGACUACCAAGUAGCGCUGUCAGGAAUCGAACCUGUCCUCUAUUAUCUAACCCACUGAGCUCACCUACUCAUAUGGGUUUAAUGUAGGAAGGUAGACACUACGUUGUCGACGCCAAUACCUAGGUCGAUAUAGGCAUCCACUAAUGACGUCACGCCCCGGUACUUGACACGACUCGAAGCUGCAACUGCAAUUCGGAACUGCAAUUCGGAACUGUUAACACAGACACGAUGGACGAGAUGGUAGGCAUUUUCUCUGCCUAUGUUGAGCAGAGAACAUGCCGCAGUGGUGCGGUGGGACUAGGCCACAUAGGCCUUUUCGUAUGGAAUCCGCCAAUGUCUCCGCCACCACCUCCUCCUCCCUCACCCAAGCCGCCGCCGUCGCGUCCUCCAACGCCCACGCGACGCCGAACGAAUGGCAGACGCAGGGCACGGAGUGGGUGGCGGCGAUUCCCACGGAGUCAAUAGCAUCGUGGCUAGGAGGCCUCCCAGGGGAGGCGUAGGCCGCCAAUGCUACGUACGUAGCUUACCUCUCGGUCGAAGACAUCUGAUGGCUACUGUGGCCGACCCUGCCGUUUAUACCAAGGCAUGCAUUAACCGGCCUGUGGAGGAGCUCAUUAACUACAGCAUGUCGCCGGAGCCCUUCGAGACAUCUCUUUGACAAGAGCUUCACAAGGUAAUCGGGCACAACAAGGUUUUCGAGAGGAUGUUUAGUUACUCGAGGGAAUCCACGAUUGAGCUGGGUCGCUGGUGCGCGGACCGAGUUUGGAAACUGGUCUUGACCGAACAGGAGGAGCAGAAGAUGGCGGCGAAAACCGAGCGAAAUUUUAUGUUGUCACAUACCAAUUGAACCAGCCCUUAUAUGCCUACAUACCGCAAAGCGUAAUGUAGGCGUCUACGUUUUACGCGACAAUAACAUUUUUAAUCUACCGUA